AUGUACAGCCUCUCCGUGCGUCCUUCGCCAGACUCAGGCACGGCGCAGUCGAUCGCGUCUUCCCUGGCCAAAUCGAUGAACGGCGGCGAUGCCUUUGCCAACGCUGUCGGCUUUGCGGAGAGCAGGGACGGCGACAGUGUGGCUGUAGCGGACGCCCUCGCGACGGCGAUCGCCGAUGGAAAGGGGUCCGCUUUGGCCGAGAGCAUCGCAGAGGCGGCCGCUGCGAAGGGAGCCACAGCCACCGCUAUAUCCGAGGUUCUCGCCGAAAUCAUUGGCAGCGGCAAGGUAGAGGCUGUGGCCAGCGUCAUUGCGGAGGCCUGGGGUAAGAACAACGAGGCGGUGGGCACAGCCCUAGCGGAGGCAAUCGUGGAGGCCGGCUCCACAAACAGGCGCGCCCUCGCAGAGGCGACAUCCGAGGCCUUGGCAGUGGGGGGAGGCAUUGCCCAGGCCUUCGCCGAUGCCUACGCCCAGGCUAUAUCGGGAGGCAGUUGCGACCAGGUGGCGGAGGCAUUCUCAG